AUGGGCUAUGAAGAUACUAUGUUCAAAGAAAUACCGACGGAAUUGAAGUUUCUCAAAAUACAAGCUGGACCUGAACCCUUCAACGGAUACAAUCUUCCUGGAAUCCCUAAUAAGUUCAUCGGGGAUUAUUUUGGUGAGAAUCUGAAUUCGGCGUUGGACUUGGACAUACCUAGCCAUGGAGAACCAAGCAUGAAGAAAGGCACAAAAUGGCAAAAUAAAUCAAAGGACUCUAAUGAAAAGAUUGAUUCUUAUAAAACUCAAGUCAACGGUUUGGGGUCUGGUACGUGGCUUUCGGUCGACCGCAAAUCGAUUCAAAUUUCCUCAAGUCCUGGGAAUUCUACGAAUCGAAGCCCUCCGAAUGAUACCGAAAGAUACUCGACACAAGCUCUUGACACGCUCAAACAGGGAGACCAGCUUGAUAUUUAUGGAACAGAUGGUCUACCAAUGAGGAAGCAGGGGAAUGAAUCUAAUUCUACAUUGCAAGAUGGACUGGAUUCAUCAAAACUAGAUCAAGACUUAGGCGAUAUGGAUGUAUCUUUGGAGGCUGGAGGCGUGGAAUCACCCGUGGAAUUGAUGACCAGUCCUCUCAUGAAUGCAACAGACCACAAAGGGAAUUCUACGGAAAGGAGUACAAAUUAUGGCACUCACAGCACGAUUUAUGAACCUGAAGAUAUGAAAUCUUCGAAAUACACUGCUACAGACAUCAGGCCUCAAUCCAUUAUAAACGGUUCAAUUAGCUCACUUCAAGGCCCUCUCGAUGUAGGAAUUGAUGACUCCGAUCUACCGACAUUUGUGCAAGGACCCGAAGAGAUUCGAGCACAUUAUUCUGCUUCUCACAGAAGUAAUUCCACAAACAGUGUGAUGAUGGGGGGUAAUGUCACUUCAAACGAGCUCAUAAAAUAUUCCAACGCGACUACUUCCCCUCAAUCCACAAUGAUCAGUACCACCAAGGAGUAUUCCGAUGGAAAACUAAUUUCCAAUACCACCAAAAAAGCUGCUUUAGACUCGACUAAGCUAGUUCCCGCAAAUUUGACCUUUCCUGGAAUCCAAUUUAACGGGAACGUCAGUCUCUUUGAAAAAGGAGAUCUAAAUCCUCACAUUCCUCUAGUCACAACUUCUAAAAUAAAGAUACCCCAAAUGUCACUAUACAGCAACACCAGCACGGCUUCGAAUCUCAAUUCUACAUCAAAGAAUCACUUGUCAGCGUCCAAAUUAGAAGGUUCACUCAACUUCACGCCCAAAGCAAACCUUAUUCUGUCUUCUAACGAUACCAACGGAAAGGUGACAAAUCAGAAUGCGUCUUCUCAUCGAAAUAAAUCGACCCACAACCAAUCAAUGACUAUCAACUCUGAUAUAUUCCACACUCCGGUAAAUCAGAUGGCUCAGGUACUUGGAGAUGGACAGAGACAUAAUACAUCCAAGAUUAAUGUUACCCAGUCAUCUCAAAGAAAGAUCAAAUCGAAUUCAGAUAUUAUGAACGCUACGGGUUUCAUGACAUCGAAAACAAGUCAUGUAGCUACCAAUAGUUCAUCAUUGGCGAAAUCGAACGUCACUCACACAAACGGAGAAAAACUUGGAAAGCAGUCCUCUUCAAGUGGGAUAAUGCCUUCGAGGUUCCGUCCUGUUAUCAAAGAAGAUUUGAAUCCUUUCUUUCCGGCUACUAAUCCGAUCGAUCCUAAUCAUGAGAAAAAUUCAGACCUCAUUGGAACAAGAUUUCAUGGAUCAGUUACUCCUACAGAGAUCUAUGAAGGAUAUAAGAAGGAUAGCCAUCCUACAGGGUCAAUCACAUCUACUGACACUGUUAAUUCAGAAGAUCCUCCAACUUUUUUAAACUCUAUCCCCAGAGUCACAACACCAAGGUUUGGUGGAAGCACUCCGAUCUCAGCAUUUCCAGGUAAUGAAACUGAUCUCAACAGAGAUGCUUCGAUGAGGGAUACCAGUCUAAUGGGAGGCAAAUAUAGAGCUUUCUACCCCCAAUAUCCACCGGCAAUUAAGACUCCGAAAUAUGUUAAAACACAGCAAGUUCAAGCUGUUUCUGUUGGGCUGUCCUUUUCAGUUGGAUUUUUCUUUUUGGCUGUCUUAGGUAUGGUUGUCGAACGUAAAAGAAAAAUGCAAGCUUUAAAUAAAAGAUCAUUAGAUCAUCAAAAGUUUAAACAAGAUUUAGAAAGGUAUGGAGGGUAUUUUAAUUCAAGGUUGUUUUCGAACCAAGAAUCUGAGAUUGGAAGUUUAAAAGAAGGGAAUAGAGAUUCGAGAUCUUGUUCUGUCAAAUCGAUUUCACAUCCAACUCCAGUGAUCACUAAGCGUCAUUCGAUGAACUCAUAUGCUGAAAUUGGACGAGAUAGUUUGAGAUCUUAUACUAGUAAUUUACUUGGACAUAGUUCUCGUAGAGAUAGUUAUGCAAGUAGCUUUGGAAAUGUGAAUGAAGAAGAUCUUGCUGAAUUCAAUGAAACUUACGGAAGUCGUCCUCAAAGUUUGGAUUAUAAUUCAAGAGACUUUGAGUUCCCUAGCGGAGAUCCUGUUUUACCAGAGAUUAAUCAAGAUAGAAUUCAUCUUGAAGAGAAUUUCAAUGAUGAAACAGAAAGGUUUCCAACCUCACCUGAUCUUGAACAUGAUCAGUUUGUUCUCAUCAAACCACCACCACGAACUUAUGAUUCAAAGACCAAUUAUAGUAGUCAAAUCAUUCUUGAUAGGUUUCUAGAAGAUCUUUCGGGACUUCAAUGGCAAGAAAGUGCUAGUAUAAUUGUUGCUUACGAUCCAAGAAGAAGACCGAGUUGA